AUGAAAACCUUCAUCUUAAUGUCCUGCCUGGCGCUGGCCGCGGCGCGCCCUGAAGCCGGCUACAACUACAAUCGUCCCGGUGGCGGCGGUGGCGGCGGUGGCUCCCACGGUGGCAGCGGCGGCGGCGGUGGCGGCAUUGGCAUCGGUGGCGGAUUCGGGGGCGGCUCCGGUGGUGGCUUCGGCGGCAGCUCAGGUGGCGGCAGCUUCGGUGGCAGCUCGGGAGGCAGCUUCGGUGGUGGCUCAGGAGGCGGCUUCGGCGGUGGUUUCGGCGGUGGGUCAGGAGGCGGCUUUGGCGGUGGAUCAGGUGGUGGAUUCGGCGGCGGAUCCGGCGGUGGUUUCGGCGGAGGCAUCGGCGGUGGUUUCGGAGGCGGCGGAGGCGGCGGAGGCGGCGGCGGCACCACUUUGGUGCAGAAGCACAUUUAUGUGCAUGUGCCACCACCAGAGCAAGAGGAAGUGCGUCAGCGCCCCAAUCUGCCAGUAGGCCAAGCCCAGAAGCACUACAAGAUCAUCUUCAUUAAGGCGCCAUCUCCGCCCUCGUACCAGGCUCCAGUCAUCCCGCUGCAGCCCCAGAACGAAGAGAAGACCCUGGUCUAUGUGCUGGUCAAGAAGCCCGAGGAUCAACAGGACAUUGUCAUUCCCACGCCCGCACCCACGCAGCCCUCCAAGCCCGAGGUCUACUUCAUCAAAUACAAGACCCAGAAGGAGAGCGGCGGCAUCUCCGGCGGCACCGGUGGCUUCACUCAGACCAACACUGGCAGCGGCUACUCAACUGGCGGCGGCGAUGGCGGUUUUAUUGGUGGCGAUAGCGGUAGCAUCUCCGCGCCAUCCAGCAACUACGGCCCACCCGGCAAGUCUGGCCCCUACUAAGCAGCAUCUCCGCAAGAACAAAAUGAACACUCACCUCGAUCUAACCACAAUCAGACACACACUCGGCUCAAGCUGCUGACUAGUCCUGUCUUUGACGCGCUAACACUCAAAUAUUCCCGAAAAAAGACACGCCCACACUCAACACCACAAACUGCGACUUGACCCAAACUCUGGACGGGAGAGUCGAAUCCGACACAAGACGAUUUUCUCGCCUCAGGCUCACAUAACUGGGCGCUACUUUCGUCCAACACUUUUGUAUAUAAAAAAAUGUUUCCGACUAUCCUAAUUACACCAUCUCUCGAUAUAUCACCACUUCCAUCUCUCUCUCUCGCUCUCUCUCUCUCUCCCUAUCUCAGUCUCACUCACACACACACGCACACGCUAUCUCGUCUGUCUUUCUCCCUCUCACUUGCCUAACCUGAAAAAAAAAACAUGAAAAAAAUCAAUUAGCUAAUAGAUGACAAGUGCUGAGUUCCCCGGGAAGGGAACUUCACUUGGCAUCCGGGCAUCAGAAAAAAAAGAAGAGGAAGGAGAAGUUAAUAGAUGAUGAUAAUGCGAAAGUUGAG